GGAUUGUUUAUAAGCCAAGGGGAAAGAGAGUCCCCGCCUACAGAUGGCUGUGACGUCACUCCAGGACAAGCCACGCCCAUCGGAGGAAGAGGCAGGGCUGGGGACUACAUUUCCCGUCAGGCCCCGGGGGCGGCGAGAAGGAGGGAAGAAGGCGGAAGGCAGGAUGCCCUGCGAGGCCCUGCACUCUGCCCUGCGCAAGGCCUUCCGAGGGGUUCAGGAGCAGUAUGGGGCCUGGAAGGGGACCCUGGCAGCCGUGGCCCCGCUCCUGGACUCCCUGAGCAGUCUGGCAGAGCAGGCGCAGGCCCUUCAGGUGGCAGACCUGGACCGGAGCCCCCUGCGCCCCUUCCCUGGACUCCGGGGGCGGCUGCAGACCAAGCACCGGGCGGCUGCAGAGGUCUUGCUGGCCAAUCUCCAGCAGAAGAUGCUCCCUGAACUGCAGAAGGCCAGGGAUACCAUGGGCACCCAGGUGACUGGCAUCUUCCUGCUCUGCGAGGCACCAAAGGCUGAGCUGGGCCUGGAGAGCUUAUUUCAACGCCAACCGCUCUGCCCCUCGCUGGCUGACAUGUUGGAGUGGCUGCUGGACAUUGAGAGGCUCUACCACCAAAUAUACCUGGAGGCCAAGCUGCUCCUUCUGCAGAUCAGGUAUGAGAACCUGGCAGGGAUGCAAGCCCUUCCCAAGGCCUGGGAGCAAGUCAUGCAGCACAGCCGGCAGCAACAAGGCACAGUGGAGGAUGCCUUGCUGAAGGUCUCUUUCUUCCUGGAAGAAGCUGCCUGAGGAGGGAGGACAGUCCUCUCAUGCCGAGAGCUCUCCGACAUUCCUGCAGGUGGAAAGUCUCUACUUGGUGCAAGCAGGGGCCAGAAGUUGGUUUUUCUUUGCACUGGUGGGCAGAGAGCAUUUCAAAUGGAAUGGCUGGAUCAUUACUAUUUUUAUUGCUCUUUGCAUUAAUAACCACCCCUUCUGGGGAAAUCACCUGGUUUUUGUGGCCUCUGAGCAUAGAGCAUAGAGGAGGAGGUUGGAGGAAGAGAUCAGCGGCAGAGGGAAGCUGGUCUUUCUGGGAAAGGUCCAGCUACAAGGUCUUCCUCAUCUUUGGCCUUGAAUUGUGUUCUCACCCUUUCAACUUCAUUAUCCGUUUGCUGCAUCUACACAAUAAAGAUGGAAAAUUUUUGCACA